GUGGCCCGGGAGAGACCAGAGCCGCAGCGGGUAGCAGGGCUGCUCAGCGGUUCACAGGGAUGAGAAGCCAGCAGAGCGAGAGGGGCAGCCCAAAGCAGGGCUUGGAGUGGGUGGGCAGAGGCAGCCGGAAGGUCCUGCGCAUCUGGUUCGGCAAGAUGUCGGUGAAGGAGGGUGUGCAGCGCAAGUGGGCGGCGCUCAAAGAGAAGCUGGGGCCACAGGACUCGGACCCCACGGAGGCCAACCUGGAGAGCGCGGACCCCGAGCUGUGCAUCCGGCUGCUGCAGAUGCCGUCCGUGGUCAACUACUCGGGCCUGCGCAAGCGCCUGGAGAGCAGCGACGGCGGCUGGAUGGUGCAGUUCCUGGAGCAGAGCGGCCUGGACCUGCUGCUCGAGGCCCUGGCGCGCCUGUCCGGCCGUGGGGUGGCCCGCAUCGCCGAUGCCCUGCUGCAGCUCACCUGCGUCAGCUGCGUGCGAGCCGUCAUGAACUCGCAGCAGGGCAUUGAGUACAUCCUCAGCAACCAGGCCUAUGUGCGCCAGCUGUCCCUGGCUCUGGACACAUCCAACGUGAUGGUCAAGAAGCAGGUAUUUGAGCUGCUGGCCGCCCUGUGCAUCUACUCCCCUGAGGGCCACGGGCUGACCCUGGACGCCCUGGACCACUACAAGACGGUGCGCAGCCAACAGUACCGCUUCAGCGUCAUCAUGAACGAGCUCUCCGACAGCGACAAUGUGCCCUAUGUUGUCACCUUGCUCAGCGUGGUCAACGCCAUCAUCCUGGGCCCCGAGGACCUCCGCACCCGCACCCAGCUGCGCGGGGAGUUCACGGGGUUGCAGCUACUGGACAGUCUGACGCGGCUACGGGACCUGGAGGACGCCGACCUGCUGAUCCAGCUGGAGGCCUUCGAGGAGGCCAAGGCCGAGGACGAGGAGGAGCUCCUGCGCAUCUGCGGGGGCGUCAACAUGACUAGCCAUCAGGAGGUCUUCGCGUCUCUGUUCCACAAGGUGAGCUGCUCCCCGGCAUCUGCCCGGCUGCUGUCCGUGCUGCAGGGUCUCUUGUACCUGGAGCCCACCCUGCCCUCCAGCCAGCUGCUCUGGGAGGCCCUGGAGAACCUGGUGAACCGGGCCGUGCUCCUGGCCAGUGAUGUCCAGGAGUGCACCCUGGAGGAGAUGGUAGAGCGGCUCCUGUCCGUCAAGGGGUGGCCACGCCCGAGUUCCCUGAACAAGGCCCACAAGAGUGUCCAGGCCGACCUAGGCCAGAGCCGGAAGGACAGCGCACCCCAAAACAGUGGCUCCCUUAAGGCGGGUGUGGAGGAACAGCAGCCGGAGGCCGGGCUCAGCGGUCAGCACCUCACCGUGCAGAGGGCGAACAGCUCUGUGGCCCCACAGCUGCAGAAACCCGCCCCAGUCCCACCGGUUCCCCUGCUCCCCAGCUCCUCCCCAGCAGGGCCCCCUCCCCCCCCCCCCCCCCCCCCCCCACCGCUCCCACCGACCCCACUGCCAGUCCUGGGGGCCCAGGCCUCCCCACCUCCUCCCCCACCCCCUCCCCCACCCCCUCUGCCUGUUUCUGGCGGGGCCCCACCUCCCCCACCUCCCCCACCUCCCCCACUCCCGGUCCCAGGGUGCCCCCCACCACCCCCACUACCUGGCCAGGACGGGGGCCUCCCUCCACCCCCACCCCUGCCCGGUCCUUCCGGCGCCUCUCCGGUGGGGGAGGAGAUCAUCGUGGCGCAUGCGAUCCCGGCCCAGGGCUCUGCCCUGAUCCCCAGCCACCGGCGAGUCCUCGCUCCCGCCCUGCGCAUGAAGAAGCUCAACUGGCAGAAGCUGCCGUCCAGCGUGGCCCGAGAGCAGAGCUCCAUGUGGGCCUCGCUGAGCAGCCUGGGCGACGAGGUCGUGGAGCCCGACUUCUCCAGCAUAGAGCGGCUCUUCUGCUUCCCCGAGGCCAAGCCCAAGGAACGCAUGGCCGCCCCCGCCAGGAAGGAGCCCAAGGAGAUCACCUUUCUGGAUUCCAAGAAGAGCCUGAACCUCAACAUCUUCCUGAAGCAGUUUAAAUGCUCCAAUGAGGAUGUCACUGCCAUGAUUCGGGCUGGGGACACCACCAAAUUCGACGUGGAGGUUCUUAAGCAGUUCCUCAAACUCCUUCCUGAAAAGCAUGAGAUCGAAAACCUGCACUCGUUCACGGAGGACCGCGCCAAGCUGGCCAACGCCGACCAGUUCUACCUCCUCCUGCUGGGCAUUCCCUGCUACCAGCUGCGGGUGGAGUGCAUGCUGCUGUGUGAGGGCUCAGCCGUCGUGCUGGACAUGGUGCAGCCCAAGGCCCAGCUGGUGCUCGCGGCCUGCUGCAGCCUGCUUACCAGCCACCGGCUGCCUGUUUUCUGCCAGCUGAUCCUGAAAAUUGGAAAUUUCCUCAACUACGGCAGCCACACGGGGGAUGCUGACGGCUUCAAGAUCAGCACACUGCUGAAGCUCACGGAGACCAAGUCCCAGCAGAGCCGCGUGACCCUGCUGCACCACGUGCUGGAGGAGGCAGAGAAGGGCCACCCAGACCUCCUGCAGCUGCCCCAGGACCUGGAGCAGCCCUCCCAAGCAGCUGGGAUCAACCUUGAACUCAUCCGUUCGGAGUCCAGCACCAACCUGAAGAAGCUUCUGGAGAUGGAGCGGAAGGUGUCGUCCUCCAUCCCCGAGGUGCAGGAGCAGUACGCCGGACGACUCCAGGCCAGCAUCGAGGCCUCCCGGGCACUGGAUGAGGUGUUCCAGGCCAUCGAGGAGAAGAAGUUAGAGCUGGCGCGGUACCUGUGCGAGGACGCGCAGCGGCUGUCCUUGGAGGACACGUUCAGCACCAUGAAGACCUUCCGGGACCUCUUCGUGCGUGCCCUGAAGGACAACAAGGACUGGAAGGAGCAGGCGGCGAAAGCCGAGAAGAGGAAGCGGCAGCUGGCUGAGGAGGAGGCCCGGAGGCCACGGGGCGAGGACGGGAAGCCUGUCAGGAGGGGAGUUGGGAAGCAGGAGGAAGUGUGUGUCAUCGACGCCCUGCUGGCGGACAUCAGGAAGGGCUUCCAGCUGCGGAAGACGGCCCGGGGCCGAGGGGACGCAGAGGGGGGCGGCAAGGCAGCUGCCACGGACCCACCAAGGGACAAGGCGCCUGCGGCCACCAGAGUCCCCACAGGAGGCACCGGCGGCCCCUCCUCUGAGCCCCAGGGCUGGGAUCUCUACGACGCCACUGCCCCUAGCCCACAGCCCACUGCAGACCUGCCACAGGGGAAUGGGCCUGGGUCCAUAGAGAGGCGUUCUUCCUGGUACACAGACGUCAGCGACGUCCUGACCACCGAGGACCCCCAGAACCCCCAGCCUUGUCAGGGCGCCUGGCCAGUGGUGCUGGGCAGUGCGCAGGCCCUGAAACCUCUCAGGCUGUCUGGUGACAAGCCCCCUGGGGCCACGGGGUCAGGCCAAGAUGCCGAAGACCCCACAGCCCCUCAAGGCGUCCGCCGGGCUGAGGCCGACAGCACUGUGGAGGGGACGCAGGAGGCUGACCUCCCUGCCACAGGCCCUGGCGUGGCUGGGGACGGGGAUGGGGACCAGGAGGACACAGCAGCCCCAGAUUCUGCACUGGACACAUCCUUGGACAGGUCCUUCUCUGAGGACACAGUCACGGACUCUUCAGGGUCCGGCACUCUCCCCAGGGCCCGGGGACAGGCCUCAAAGAGGAUGGGCAAGCGGAGGAAGAAGCGUCCCUCGAGGAACCAGGAAGAGGUUGUCCCUGACUCUGACGAUAAUAAAACAAAAAGACUCUGUGUGAUCCAGUAAGGGUGGUAACCUUUGCUCUGAGACCUUCCACGGGGCACACCCCAGCUCUGGUUGGGCCACAAAUGUCCCCAGGGAGGCAGUGAGGGACAGAGGCAGCCCCAAGGCCCAGCUGCCAGGAAGAGACGGGCCAUGGGCCCUCUCCAAGGAAUGGACAUGCCUCCCCUCCCUGGUAGCCAGGUCCUGGGGACCGCAGAUGGGUCUGUAGGCACAUCCCGGGUCCACAGCACUAGGCCUCCGAGGACCCCAAGGAUGGGCAGGACCAUGGUUGUCUCGGAUGUGGCCCGAAAGGCUCACAGGUGCAGACAGACAGGCCUGGGGUCCCUGCUGCGUUCUGGGCCGUGCUGAUGGCGAGCCGAUCCGCUUUCUUGGGGGCAGGGGGCCACCUGCACCCAGCUCGGUGCUGACCCAGAGGGCCCGGGGCAUGGAGGAGAGGUGCAGCGGUGCCCAGAGGAAGCAAGGGCAGGCGAGAAGUCCGUGCACCCUCUGGACGGUUUAUUCUUGCUCUUGGUAUGGGCUUUAGCCUCAGUCCCCGAGUUUGCUGCUGGGAUUACUUUCGGACCCUGGCUCUCAGGUGCAAAACACCAGCGCACACUAGCGAGUGGGGCCGUGGGGGUGUUUGGGUUUGGGGGUUCGGCAGCCACCUGUGGCCACAGUCCAGGGCAAGCUUGGUGUGCCCAGCACGGCUCUGCGCCCCGCAGGACCGCCCCCGCGUCCUCUGGCGCAGCAGUCCGUUGCUGCCCGCUCGCUCCCUCCCCGGGCCCCAGCAUCCCCUUGGCUGGGAGCAGGAGGGAAUCCCACCCUCCGUCUUCUCAAGCUUUUAUUUGGAAAAACAGCCACCAGACAGGGAAUUUGCGAGACCAUAACGACCACCACGUGUGCUUCACCCUGAAACAGCAAGAACUUUCCAAAACCAGCAAAACUAGCAAAACUAGCAGCGUCUGUGGCAUUGCUCUCGGCUCACGGAGGGGCUGGAAGGUUCAGGACCUCUUGCCGCCCGGCCCCCAACCCGGCCCCCGGGGUGUCCUAAGUGAGGCUGCUCUCACGUGUUUGGAGCAGGAAUUCCACACACGCGACCUGAGUCCACCCCAGAGCGGGUCCAAAGGGGCUUGGGGCCCAUUAUCCCACAGGCCAGGGCCUGGAGGCCAACUGCCCGGUUGAGGCAGUGAUGUGGGAGGCCCUGCUGUGUGGGGUCCUGGCACCCUGGGGGCAGGGACAGAAACCCCGCUCCGAGUGACUUUUGACCUUUCUGCCUCCCGUGUUUUGCCUCAUCUUUUUCAAGCACGAUAGUCACUCCCGUCUGCUCAGGACCGGGGGGGGGGGGGGGGGGCUGGGGUGGGAGGGGGCAGGCGGGCAGGGCGUCAGCGGGGAAGCGCAGAACAGGGGCCCUUGGACCAGAGGGCUCUGGGGGGCAGGGGGCCUGCAGGGCCAGGUAGGGGGCGUCCAGGUGGCAGGAGCCAAGGAGCUGUGGCCGCUGGGAAAGGACAGGUCUGGAGGCAUCCGGCGUCAGGGGUCGGGAAGCUCAGGGAGACGCAGCGGGACUGAUGGGGGCGGGCAGUGUGGCCUGGCCCUCGGGGGAGGGGU